AUGCUCCUGUAUCGAGGGGCCCCCGCUGGCCCUGGCGCGCCGGGCAGCGGGCUGGCUCGGCCAGGCGGCGGCCCACAGGCCUUUGGGAUCCGCCUGAGCACGAUGAGCCCCCGCUACCUCCAGAGCAACUCCAGCAGCCACACGCGACCCUUCAGUGCCAUCGCGGAGCUGCUAGAUAAUGCUGUAGAUCCAGAUGUAUCUGCCAGGACGGUCUUUAUAGAUGUUGAGGAGGUCAAGAAUAAAUCUUGUUUGACCUUUACUGAUGACGGAUGUGGAAUGACACCUCAUAAACUACACCGAAUGCUCAGCUUUGGCUUUACAGAUAAAGUAAUAAAGAAGAGCCAGUGUCCCAUCGGGGUCUUUGGUAAUGGUUUCAAGUCAGGCUCCAUGCGGCUAGGAAAGGAUGCUCUCGUCUUCACCAAGAAUGGGGGUACUCUCACUGUUGGACUCCUGUCACAGACCUAUCUGGAAUGUGUCCAGGCCCAGGCAGUUAUUGUACCAAUUGUUCCAUUCAACCAGCAAAACAAAAAAAUGAUUAUUACUGAGGAUUCCUUGCCCAGCCUAGAAGCCAUCUUGAACUAUUCAAUUUUCAACAGUGAAAAUGACCUGCUUUCCCAGUUUGAUGCCAUCCCAGGCAAAAAAGGCACUCGUGUUCUUAUUUGGAACAUCCGCAGAAAUAAAGAUGGAAAGUCUGAGUUGGACUUUGAUACAGAUCAAUAUGACAUCCUGGUAUCAGACUUUGGCACAGAAGAAAAAGAGACUGGUGGUGUUACCUGUGAGCUGCCAGAAACAGAGUAUUCUUUACGGGCAUUUUGUGGCAUUCUGUAUAUGAAGCCACGAAUGAAAAUUUUUCUACGUCAAAAGAAGGUGACCACCCAGAUGAUUGCCAAGAGCCUGGCCAAUGUAGGAUAUGAUUUAUAUAAACCUACCUUCACAAAUAAGCAGGUGAAAAUAACUUUUGGGUUCUCUUGCAAGAAUAAUAACCAGUUUGGAAUGAUGAUGUAUCAUAACAACCGACUCAUAAAGUCUUUUGAGAAGGUGGGAUGCCAGGUGAAGCCAACUCAUGGAGAAGGUGUGGGAGUAAUUGGAGUCAUCGAGUGCAAUUUCUUAAAACCCGCCUACAACAAACAAGACUUUGAGUACACCAAAGAGUACCGGUUGACAAUAAAUGCCCUUGCCCAGAAGCUCAAUGCUUAUUGGAAGGAAAAGACAUCCCAAGAGAAUUUUGAGACCUCAGCCAUCACCAGGCCAAUACCGAAAAUUCCUGACCAGACAUGGGUACAGUGUGAUGAGUGUCUUAAAUGGAGGAAGCUUCCUGGCAAGGUUGAUCCGUCUACAUUACCUGCAAGAUGGUUUUGUUACUAUAAUUCCCAUCCAAAGUACAGGAGAUGCUCUGUUCCAGAGGAACAAGAACUCAUCGAUGAAGACCUGUACUUGAACAAAGCUAAAAAACAGGAUCAAGUGGUUGAGAAGAAGAAGCUGCCAGUAGACAGUGAGAACCACCAGGUAUUUGCCAAUCCACUGAAGAUCCCUGCUAGUCGAGAUAUGGAUGACUUGAACAAUAAGACAAUUGGAUAUGAAGGAAUGGAUAGUCCUAGCCGGCCUCCAUCUGUUGGAGAAGAAAGCAGGACACCUUCUCUUCAGCUUAAGCCUCUGGAUUCCAGUGUUUUUCAGUUUUCCAGUAAGUACAAAUGGAUCCUGGGAGAGGAGCCGGUGGAGAAACGAAGAAGGCUCCAGAAUGAGAUGACAACACCUCCUCUAGAUUAUUCCAUGCCUGGCCCUUAUAGGAGGGUGGAGGCAGCUGUCUCCUACCCAGAAGGGGAGAACAGCCAUGAUAAAUCCAGUUCGGAGAGAAGCACACCACCAUACCUUUCUCCAGAAUACCCAGAUGCAAACAAGAAUACCAGUCAGAGUAGGGAGGUGUCAGUCCUGUAUUCAGGGGCCCAAGACCAACACCAGGGGUCCCUGCUCCCUGAAGAAUUAGAAGAUCAGAUGCCAAGAUUGGUAGCAGAAGAAUCUAACAGAGGCAGCACAAAUGUAAACAAAGAGGAAGUAAACAAGGGACCUUUUGUAGCUGUUGUCGGUGUUGCAAAAGGUGUUAGAGAUUCAGGAGCUCCCAUUCAACUGAUCCCUUUCAACAGAGAGGAGCUGGCUGAGAGGAGAAAAGCAGUGGAAUCCUGGAGCCCCGUGCCUUACCCCUCCGUGGCCUCUGGUCCCACCCCUGCCACAGCCGCUGGGGAGAAGGGCCGAGGUUCUGAGGAGGGCGGAGGUCGCAAUUCGCCAAAGAUGAAGAACCAAAGAGAGCUGGAAGAACUGAAAAGAACCACAGAAAAACUGGAACGUGUUUUGGCUGAGCGGAACUUGUUCCAGCAAAAGGUGGAGGAGCUGGAACAGGAGAGGAAUCACUGGCAUUCUGAAUUCAAGAAAGUCCAGAGUGAAUUGGUGACCUACACCACCCAGGAGACGGAAGGCUUGUAUUGGAGCAAGAAACACAUGGGCUAUCGCCAAGCUGAAUUCCAAAUUCUGAAAGCUGAGCUGGAGAGAACCAAGGAAGAAAAGCAGGAACUUAAAGAGAAACUGAAGGAGACAGAGAUGCACCUGGAAGUGCUGCAGAAGGCUCAGGUCUCCUACCGGACCCCAGAGGGAGAUGACCUAGAAAGGGCUUUGGCAAAGCUUACGCGGCUGCGUAUCCACGUCAGCUAUCUCCUUACUUCUGUCCUCCCUCACUUGGAGCUUCGUGAGAUCGGGUUUGACUCAGAGCAAGUGGAUGGGAUCCUGUAUACGGUGCUGGAGGCAAAUCACAUACUGGAUUGAGCACCGGACUAUACACUCUAUAUACCCUUCUGUACCCUACCCUACUCUACCCUACUCUACUCUACCCUACCCUACUCUACUCUUCUCUUGUCUUCUCUUUUC